UCGACAUGCCAACGUGGUAAAUCCCACACCGCCAUGAGAAAACACGAGCAGUUGCUUUAGAAGCGUUCAUACUUGGUAGCGAAUCGCGAGAACGGUAGUGCCAGUAAUUGAUGCUAAAUUCUUGUUAUUUGUACCUGGUUCUACUAGCGAACGCGAAACUUGGUUGAUAAUUGAUUCAGAAGGUGGGUGCUGCUUAUAAGGCUGGACGAUAAUUCCUAUUAGGGUCUCUAUUCCUCUUAUCAGUGAUCUAACUAUGCGCGCCCUUUGGAUUGUUAUUACUACCUUUGGAUGUGUUUUGAUAGCUGCCAAUGCUGAGAGUUGCAAGGGAUGCGUACCCCUUGAUUCUUUCUCCUUUGACAAGGUUAUUCCAAAAUUCAAAGCGGUUGUUGUGAAAUUCGACGUUGCUUUUCCUUACGGCGACAAACACGAUGAAUUCAGGAAGAUUGCAGCGGAUACGAAGGACUCACAGGACCUCUUGGUAGCUGAAGUGGGAGUUAAAGAUUUUGGAAAUAAGGAUAACUCUGACCUUGCUCAAAAAUAUGACAUAAACAAAGACGAUUACCCUGCCAUUCGUUUGUUCGUUCAAGGACGUAGCGAACCUUACAAAUUUGUUGCUGAGAAAGAUGAAGAUUUUACGGCAGAUAAUAUUAAGAGAUUCAUCAGAUCUCACUCUGGAGUCUAUCUGGGCCUUCCAGGUUGCGUUGAGCAGUUAGACAGACUUGCUAAGGAAUAUCAAAGUGCUAAUGAAAGCGAAAGAAAGAAAAUUUUGGAGAGAGCCAAAAUCUUCGAAGAUACGUUAUCUGAAGAACAACGUACUGCAGCAAAGGUUUACGUAAAACUGAUGGAACGAAUAAUGGAGCGCGGUGACGUUUUUGUACAGACUGAACAAACACGAUUGGAAGGUCUUCUAAAGGGAAAAUUAUCGAAUGAUAAAAAGCGUGUGAUGGAGGAAAGAAGAAAUAUAUUACAGUCCUUCACAUCCAGGGAUGAACUUUGAAGAACUUUCAGUACAGGCUGUAGUGAAAUACGAUUUGGGGUAGAUUCGGGAAAAGUCGUAAAACAUUUGAAUUUUUUAAAACGGCCAAUUGUUACCAAUUGUUGCGACUCCGCCUCCUAAAUUUAAAUCAAACGAUUGUUGUUUUCUUCAAAAACUUUAACAAAAAAACGUGAUUAAAUUUUGCCACGAAAUAUUUGGAGCACUGAAGGGUUGAUGAAUUUUCAGGCACUUACAAUUAGAGACUCACGAUUUACUAUCAUUGCGUUGAACGGAGUCGAAGUUUGAAAUCAUGAAAAUAAUGAUUUUUGUGCAGUUAAACUUAUUUGAAGUACUUAUGAAGUAUUCUGGAUCUUAUAAUGUAAUAAAGAAUAAGCGCAACAAUCUUUUUUAUAAAAAAAGAAGCACUUUAUUCUAAUAUAAACACCCAGAGGUACAAGACGUACAAGCUAUUGUUUUAACACGCGUGGAAUGAUCCGAAUAAAAAAAGUAUGAAGUCGUAGUUGUAACUGCCAAUAUUUCAUACAAUGUGUAAAAUCGAAAAAAAAA